UUUGCACAGUCGGUAUUUCAGAACGUAGAACACAAAGGCCUAUUAAAUGUUAGGUCUAUCCUGUACCUCGUCUGUGGUAUCGUUCGCUUAUGUUUUCAUUGCGAUCUCUCUAGCAAUUUCUUCGUAAAAAAAUAACAUCUUAUUAUAGGCUAAUAAUGACGACUAACAUAAGUGACACCAAUUUGACGGAUUUGAAUAGAAUAUCUGCUUCAUCCAAGAUGGAAUCAUGUGAAGCAGGACCUUUAGUUUUAUACUCAACUGCACAAGCAUGGGCAGCUCAGUUUCAUCGCAGUCUUAUGCCUACCAGGGUAUCAGAAUCAUCCGAUGAAGAGGAUUUUUCUCAAUAUCAGUUUGAAGAUGACUUGGAGUACCUUAGAUCAUUGGACCCAAAGGAGUGGAGAGAUCAAGAUCAUUACGCUGUUUUAGGCUUGAAAAAGCUUAGGCACAAAGCAACCGAAGAUAUUAUAAAAAGGGCUUAUAAGCAGAAAAUUCUGAAACAUCAUCCCGAUAAGCGCAAGGCCAUGGGAGAGGAAAUCCGACCAGACGAUGAUUACUUCACCUGCAUAACACGGGCUUGGGAAAUUUUAGGGAAUCCUGCAAAGCGUCGGAGUUACGACAGUGUGGAUCCAUAUUUUAGCGACGAAUUACCGGAUGAAAAAGAUUGUAAAAAUAAUUUUUACGCGAUUAUGGGUAAAGCAUUUAAGGAAAAUGCUAGAUGGUCUGUAAAAAAACCCGUACCGCGUCUAGGUGGAUCAGAUACACCUAGAGAUAAAGUAGAAAAAUUUUAUUCAUUUUGGUAUGAUUUUGACUCGUGGAGGGAAUAUUCUUACUUAGACGAAGAAGACAAAGAAAGUGGUCAAGACCGAGAUAUGCGUAAAUGGAUCGAGAAGAAGAACAAAGCAACUCGUGCGAAACGAAAGAAGGAGGAAAUGGCACGUAUACGUACAUUGGUUGAUAUGGCUUAUAAUAUCGAUCCUAGGAUAAAAAAAUUCCAGCAGGAAGAUAGAGAUAAGAAAACAGCAGCGAAAAAAGCGAAGCAAGAAGCGGCAAAAGCAAGACAGCAAGAAGAAGAAAGAAUAGCGCGAGAUGCAGCGGAAAAGGAACGAUUGGAAAGAGAAAAGCGAGAGAUCGAGGAGAAAGCAAAACUGGAUGCGCUUAAACAAGAAAGAGAAGCGCAAAAGAAAGCACUUCGUAAAGAGAGAAAAGCGUUGAGAGAUUUUUGCAAAGCUAACAAUUACUUUGCUCAAAAUUCGGAAGAGAAUAUUAAGCAUAUGGAAAGUGUUGAAAAAAUCUGUGAACUUUUUAAAUUAGUUCAAUUGGAGGAAGCGAUGAAGAAAUUACAGGCUGAGGGUAGGAUAGCAUUUCUAAAUAUUAUGGAAGAAACUGAGAAGAAAAUAGAAGCAGAACGUAGAGCUGGUGUUAUUUCAAAUGAUAUGAGAAACACACCGGAAAAGCAAGUAAAGUCUCACACUGCUCCAUGGAAUGAAAAUGAUUUACAACUUUUGAUAAAAGCGGUAAAUUUAUUUCCGGCUGGGACAAAUCAACGUUGGGAGGUAGUUGCAAAUUUUAUCAAUCAGCAUAGUACAUCUUCUACCGGAAUUACACGCGAUGCGAAAGAAGUUCUCGCAAAAGCUAAAGAUCUACAAUCGACAGAUUUUAGUAGAUCUAGUCUAAAAGAGCAAGCAAACAAAAAGGCUUAUGAUAAUUUCAUUGCCGAGAAGAAAACAAAAGAAUCGAUCGAAGAUAGAAUGCCAGCAGUUACGGAACGUUUAGAUCAUCCUAUUUUGAAUGGUAUCAAUUCUGAACAAAAGAAAGAGUCGCAGCCUUGGACUCCAGCGGAACAGAAACUUUUGGAACAAGCUUUAAAGACUUAUCCUACGAGCGUGCCUGAUAGAUGGGAUCAGAUAGCUGCAUGUAUUCCAACUAGGACGAAAAAAGAAUGUAUGAGAAGGUAUAAGGAGCUGGUCGAACUUGUCAAAGCAAAAAAGGCUGCACAAGUAAUGAAAUAAUAUUAGUCUGUCCUUAUUAUGAAAUUUUUUUUAACUUAUUAAAUUCGAAUACAAAGAAAUAAGUUUGGAAGACGAAUUGAAUUUUAGCUUUUUCCGAACGUCGGCUAUUGUAUAUACUUGUGCCUUGUUUUAAUUUGUACAUGCACCAGUUUGCAACAAGAAUUCUAGAAAUUUUCUGCUACUUAUACGCAAGAAAGCAAUUUACCGCACUUAGUGACUGUACAUUUAUCGCAGAUGUUAAAUGCAUGGAAAAUUGUGGUCCCAAGGUUCAAAUUGACGCUCCUGAAAAUAAAUUUUUUUUUCUCUUUUUUUUUUCUUUUUUUUUUUUUUUUUUUCUCUCUCUUGACAUAACAACUGUUUUACGAUCGAACGAUUAAAGUGUCUUGUAAGUAAUGUAAAAUACGAUACUAAAGAGCAAUUGCCAUUUACGUCAAAGCGUACAUACAUACUUUAUAAAUAAAAAAUGACCGAUAUUUCGAAAAAUUUCGCGUGUUGUCUUCAAUCUCCACUCGAAUACACAACUAGGUCGUGAGAUGCUUGAAAUUCUUAUAUUUUUAAUUUGACACAUUUUUUUUUUUUUUUUUUUUUUUUUUGACAACAUUAACAACAACAAUUUUUCUGUGUUAGUUCCUCUCUAUGCAGCGAAUACCAUCCAUGCAGUUCCUUCGUCGUUCUCGCCAGUUUCGUUUUUGCACAAUAUUCUCGGAACCACAUGCACGUAUUUAGCAUUUCGAAUGCAUCUGCGCUCAACAUUUCGCUUUACCCAACAACCGUUUAGAAUUUCAAUCAAGUUUUUUGGAAAAUCACAUCGAAACAAAAGGAUCGAUCUUUGUAGAGUGAAUGUGAGAAGCAAAGUAUUGAGCGUAGGUUCAUUGUGGAUAAAUUUUUUUUUUUUUUGUUUGUUUGAAAAAACGGAGGAAAAAAAAAAUAUGAUUAUCGUAAAGCGUAAGCCUAGUGGGUAAGUGAUUUUUUUUUUUUUUUUUUUUUUAAACUUUUCAAUUCGUUUGGCUAUGUGCCUUUCGACAUUCUUCUUCGAAAGAAAUGUAAAUACAGUGACCGAUGUUUUCACGACGAACACUCGUUCGUUCAACCAUUUUACGUGAUAAAUAAGUACCGUUAUUUGGCUCCUUGCGAACGCAAGUGUCGCAUUUCUUUUCCCCUAUACAAGUAUCACCAGGUGCAGAAAGAAACUGGACUCGCACUUUCCAAUUUGCACCAUGUAUUUUUUUUACUUUUUUCUUUUUUUUUUUCUUUUCUUUUCUUUUCUUUUUAUUUUUCUCCUUCUUUUUUCGAAGACACGAACAGUAUUGUAGCGCGCGAUAAAGAUGAACAUAUCGAUAUUUCUGUAACUGUACUCUAUCGUUGCACUUCACGUUAUACGUCACGUUUCCAUUUCAACGAAGAAUUGGAAAAUCAUUUGGAAAAAAUUUGGAUAAAAUCUUGAAAAUCUUGCUACAGAUUAUCCGUUUUUACGUUAUAAACACAGUUUUUCAAUGAAUCGAUUAUCGUGCGCUACAAAUCAUCGAGGAUUAUUUAUCGAAGAUAGAUAAGGAAGAGAGAAGUAUUGUUCGAUGAGUAGAAAGCAGAAGAGGAGUAAAAGUGGAAAAAGAAAAAACGGCAGUAUAUCGUGUGCGUGUCUGUUGGUUGUGCAUCUUUUAAGGUUGUGGAUCUUAACUCUGUAAAAUUCCUAAACGGACUAACGAGAGUCGCUCAAAUGCUCAAGUAAGUGGUAUACCCGUUUCGUUUCUCGAACGAGAUACGUUAGACAGAUGGUUAGAUCUGGCAUGGAAGGACGUUUCCUCGGAAAACGUAAACACGUUUCGAUCGAUUUUUUUUCGGCACUUAAAACAUCGAAAUAUACAAACAAUAUCGUUGCGCGUAAUUUAUAUGGAACGAAGCGACAAGAAUAAUUCAACUUUGAAACAAAUUUACGAUCACAUAAAUUCCGUCAAGUUUCAUUUUAUUUUUGACAUUAUAAUUUGUAUCAUUGCAUUAACCGUUAAAUCACAUCUAAUGGGUAAAUCGUAUUGUGCGUAUUAUUUGAAUAACGUAAUUAUAUUAUUCGUACACGAAACCGGUUAAUGCUCAAUAGUUGAGUCACCAUCUUCGAAUAUUUGCUUUUUUCAACAUCGUUAUUUUUUAAUUAAUCGAAAUAAUAAUAAAAAAAAAAUAUAAUAAAAUUGAAGCAAAAUCGUGUAAUGCUCGGAUCGAGAAAGUUUGUCGUACAAUGAAAAACUUACUGUCACGAAUACGAAUGGUUAUAUAAAGAAAAAAAAAAAAAAA